GGUCCAGUACCUCUGCGUUAAACGACCACUUGGGAAGAAUCUGAGAGAGAGAGAGAGAGAGAGAGAGAGAGAGAUGGAAGGGGUAGGGUCGAGGCUGAGCCGUACAUCGUCGAGGUACAGUGGUCCGACGGCGACGGCGGUUUUCACCGGCCGAGUCAGGAAGUGGAAGAAGAAGUGGGUCCACGUGUCCACUUCAUCCACUGCCGGCUCUCGCGCCUCCAAAUCCAACGGUCGCGGUAACACCGGCAACCUCUUCCUCUGCAGGUGGACCCCACUUUCUCCGGCCUCCUCCGCCGCCGGCGAGACAGAGGAACCGCCGCGACGGAGGUUCAGAUACGCUCCUAUUGCGAUGCUUGAACAGAGAGAAAAAGGGGCGUCGAGUAAGCAAGAAGCCGAAGCUGAGGAGGAGGAGGAGGAGACUGAAGAAUUCGAGACUGAAACACCGUCGCCGAAGAACGUCGAACUGAACAUGAACUUGAUGACGAUGGACACGGACCAAACUUCAGAGGAGCCGAAGACUGGUCGCUUGGAUCUUGGAGUGUGUCUGAAGGAUCUAAACGACGAAGACAGUCACGUUGACUGAAGUAAAAAAACACGAGUUUCGGAUUCUGGGCAACAGUAAAAAUCUCUCCUUUGGUACUAAUAAUGUCGAAUAGUGUAGUUACGAUCGUCCCUGAAUGCAACUUUUAGAUAGGCUUUAACGGACUUGAACGGUCCUUUAUGUAUGUAUGUAUGUAAGAUGUAGUAAGACAUAAGCUGGAAGGAUCGCAGUUUCUGCAGA